GGUCCGGUGAGUCCGUGACACGGACAGGCACUCGCGCUCGGCAGUCGGCACUGCACGGUAACGGACUCCUGCAUUCCCAGCCGUGUUCCCGUGGAUCCACCGAGGCUCCCGGUGACUGUGUUGUUGUCGUUACCGACGCGCUUGGAAACGGUCGUGGUCGUUACACCGGGAUGAAUCAUGUCUUCGUUUGUGAGCCGGGUUCAGUUUUUAGACGAUACCGAUCCGUUCAACAGCACCAACUUCCCGGAACCGACCAGACCUCCUCUCUACACCUUCAGAGAAGAUAUUCCUCUCAUCAACCAGAUCGCGGGAGUCCACAGACUCCUCAAAGCUCCUCACAAGCUCGAUGACUGCGCCCUACAGCUCUCACACACCGGUGUGUAUCUGGAUCUGGAGUCGACGCUGGACGAGCAGAGAGAUGAACUGGAGGGGUUUCAGCAGGACGACUGCGGAGGGAGGGGGAAGAAACACAGUGUGGUUUUACGGACUCAGCUGAGCGUCCGUGUGCACGCGUGUAUCGAGAAGCUGUAUAACUGUAAUGGCCGUGACCUGAGGAGGGCGCUGUUUUCCCUCAAGCAGAUAUUCCAGGACGAUAAGGACCUGGUGCAUGAGUUCGUGAUGGCUGAAGGUCUGACGUGUUUGAUCAAGGUCGGCGCUGAAGCGGAUCAGAACUACCAGAACUACAUCCUCAGAGCGCUGGGUCAGAUCAUGCUGUAUGUGGACGGGAUGAACGGGGUCAUAGGUCACGCCGAGACCAUCCAGUGGCUCUACCUGCUCGUCGGCUCCAAGUUCCGUCUGGUGGUGAAGACGUCUCUGAAGCUCCUGCUGGUGUUUGUGGAGUACUGCGAGUCCAACGCCGCGCUGCUCAUCCAGGCCAUCAGCAGCGUCGACACCGACAGAGGCUGUAAGCAUUGGUCAAAUGCGAUGGAGAUUUUAGCAGAGAAAGAUGGUGUGGACACAGAGCUGCUGGUGUAUGUGAUGACACUCAUUAACAAGACGCUGGCGGCGCUGCCCGAUCAGGACUCCUUCUAUGACCUGCUGGACGUCCUGGAGGAUCAGGGCAUGGAGAGCGUUUCCCAGCGGUACCUGGGGCGCAAGGGCACCGACCUGGACCUGCUGGAGCAGCUCAACAUCUACGAGGCGAGUCUUCGUCACGAGGACGGUGAUGAGGACGGUGUGCGGGACCGGCGGCGGUCUAGUGUCGGCACCGGAGAGAGGCGGGGCUUGGAGAGACGCCGCAGUCGCAGGCAUUCAUUGGGCAGGACAGGCCACGCCUCCCCGCUUAGCCCCGCCUCCCCACACCGCUCGCGGUGUAACGGACCCGAGCUCAACGAGAGACAUCAUGUGACGCAUGAAUAUCUCCCAGUGAUUGAUGAUGAUGAGGAUGAGGAGGAAAGUCCGGUCACAGAGUCAGGCUCAGAUGAUGAUGAUGAUGAUGAUGAUGAGGAGGAGGGGGAGGGGGAAAUGAACCCUUCUAGUCUCAGUGUCAUCAGCGGCGCCGACAGUAAGUCAGAGCACUGUGACAAACACACAUCUGAGGAAGAGGAGGAGGAGGAGAGGAAGGCCACGCCCCCUCCUGACUCCGCCCAGCCGUCUCUCCUGGCCAAUCUGCUCGCGCGCCGCAAGUCCACCGUCACCGUGCCACCGUCCAAUCAGAUCAGCCCUCCGCUGCGAGGCUCCGCCCACCUGCCGUACCUGCCUCACUCACCGUUCUUCCUCUUCUCCUACGAUGUGGAGGAGGAGAAACCAGAGGAGAACAGCAGGUCAUGUUCUGCUGCAAGUUCUCCGUCUACACCUGCCAAACAACAGAAUGAACGGCCUGCUCUCGGAGGCCUCCUCUCCUCCUCGUACCGGCAGCAUCAGGAGUCUCUGGCAGCGGAGAGAGAGAGACGUCGGGUCGAGCGAGAGGAGCGACUGCAGAGGAUCGAGAGAGAGGAGCGCAAUCGACACAGUCGGGACUAUGUGUCCAACAUGGAGGAGGCCCGACACGCUCGAGAUGAGAGGUUUAAGACGGCGGAGCGACUGGCCACGGAGGAGUUCGAGAGAGAGCGACUGCGUUCGGCACCUCGAGGUCUCAGCCUCACUCUGAGCCCGACUGACACCUGUCAAUCAUCCCACAGUGCCACGGCCACCUCUGUGACAUCACUGGAUGAGCAGGACACGCCCCCUGAACCAGGUAAAUCCACUGACACACAUGAUCUAGAACCGGAUGUGGAGGCGAGUCUAGAACCGGAGGAGAAGCAAACAGAACCCGGAGAAGAACCGGAACAGGAAGUGGAGGAGAGAACUGCUGAACAGGAAGUGGGCGGAGCCGAGGAGCAGGUUGAGGAGAGAGGGGAGGGGUCAGAACUGGAAGUGGGCGGGGCCACGGAGCAGGUUGAGGAGGAAGGGGAGGAGUCUGAGCGGGAGGCUCCUGAUGGAGAAGCGGAGGACAGUGGGAUCCUGAGCGAUAAAGAACGACAGAACGAAGAGGUGAACGAGAAGGAUAACUGCUCCGCCUCCAGCAUGUCCUCCGCCAGCAGCACACUGGAGAGGGAGGAUCGAGCGGAGGCAGGUCAGUGGUCUCAGAGCGGUGGCGUGAAUGAACAGCGAAACAAGAUCCUCGACAGCAAACUCUUCAUGCUGGACAUGCUCUACUCGCAGAGCAAAAAGCCCUCGGAGGAAGAGGAGGGCGAAGAGGAGCCGAGCGAAGAGAAGGAGCGAGAGAAAGAGCAGGAGGAUCUGUUAGCGUCGACGCAGGACGAGAGCGUUAGCACGACUGACGGAGUCCAGCGAGGCGAGAGCCAGAGCAACGUACGGGCGUUCGCCGAGCGCUUCGGAGAGCUGGUGAAGGGUCUCAGUUCUCCACCAAUAGAAACGCAGGAACCUCCUCCUCCUCCUCCUCCUCCUCCUGUGAAGAAGGAGUCGGACUGCAUAUGGGACCAGCUGAUGGCGAGUCCACGAGAGCUGCGCAUCGGAGACAUCGACUUCACCGACCUCAGAGACGAGGACGAUCAGGACGUCCUGGACUCGGGGAGUUUAAUGAGCUCUGGAGAUCUGCUGGCUCCGCCCCCUCCUCCGCCCUGCCCCUUUAACCUCCCGGCUCCGCCCCCAAUGUUCGCCUGUCAGGCCCCGCCCCCUCCCAUGUUUAGCCAGGCUCCGCCCCCUCCCAUCUUUAGCAUCCGCUUGCCGCCGCCCCCUCCCUGCUUCUCCGGCCAGGCCCCGCCCCCUCCUCAGCAGGAGGCGGAGCUAACGCCGCUCUUCCAGAAGAGGAAGAAGACCAUCCGGUUGUUCUGGAGUGAAGUCCGGCCCGCCGACUGGAUCUCCCGAAACCACAGGCGGAGCCAAGAGUCGCUCUGGUCCCGACUGGAACCGGUCAAAGUUGACACCGCUAAACUCGAGCUUCUGUUCGAGAGCAAAUCCAAGGAGAUGCCCGCGGCUAAGAAAACGGCAGCGGACGGGAAGCGGCAGGAGAUUAUCAUUCUGGAUUCCAAACGCAGCAACUCCAUCAACAUCGGCCUGACGGUUCUUCCUCCGCCGCGCACCAUCAAAACCGCCAUACUGAACUUCGACGAGUACGCGCUCAACAAAGAGGGCAUCGAGAAAAUCCUGACGAUGAUUCCCACGGAGGAAGAGACGCAGCGGAUCCAGGAAGCUCAGCUGGUGAGUCCUGAUAUUCCGCUGGGAAGCGCGGAGCAGUUCCUCCUGACGCUGUCCUCCAUCAGCGAGCUCUCGGCACGCCUGCAGCUCUGGGCCUUCAAACUCGACUAUGAAGCCACUGAGAAGGAAGUGGCUGAGCCGCUACAGGACCUGAAGGAGGGCAUGGAUCAGCUGGAGAAAAACAAAACGCUACGGGUUAUCCUGUCCACUCUGCUCGCCAUCGGAAACUUCCUGAACGGCUCUAACGCGAAAGGCUUCGAUCUGAGUUAUCUGGAGAAGGUUCCUGAGGUGAAGGACACGGUGCACAAGCAGUCUCUCCUGCAUCACGUCUGCGGCCUCGUGGUGGAGAACUGCCCCGACAGCACUGACCUGUACUCCGAGAUAGGGGCCCUCACACGCUCCGCCAAGGUGGAUUUCGAUCAGCUGCAGGAGAGCCUGACCCAGAUGGAGUGGCGCUGCAAAGCAUCAUGGGAUCACCUGAAAGUCAUCGCGAAGCACGAGAUGAAGCCGGCGCUGAAGCAGAAGAUGUCGGACUUCCUGAAGGACUGCGCCGAGAGGAUCAUCAUCCUGAAGAUCGUGCACCGCAGAGUCAUGAACAGGUUUCACUCGUUCCUGCUGUUCCUGGGUCAGCCGGCCCACAGCGUGCGGGACAUCAGUGUGACGCGCCUCAGUAAGAUCAUCAGCGAGUUCGCGCUGGAGUACCGGACCACACGCGACCGGGUCCUGCAGCAGAGACAGAAGCGGGCCGAUCACAGAGAGAGGAACAAGACGCGCGGGAAGAUGAUCACAGACCUCAGCACACCGACUGAUGAUGAAGAGGACAGUGAGGCGGGUCGGGUGUGUGUGAGCAGCAGUGCUCCUCCUGUCGGGACACACACGGAGCCGCAGGGUUUGUGUCACGCUGAAGACACCGCCGAACACGAGCAGAUGAAGGCGGUGCUGAAGACCAGCGUUCAGAGCAGCGACAGCAGCGACACCACUGUGGUUCCAGCCCUGCGCACACGCACACGCUCACGAGCCGGCAGAGGACGCACCGCAUUGGCCGCUGCGAACGAAGAGUCCCCGUGUGUGACGGACGACGCUGCCGAUGACAUCAUGGACCGGAUCGUGCGUUCGGCCACUCAGAGUCCCAGAGAACGAGCGCAACCCCGCGAACGCCGACGCUCACGCGUAAACCGGAAAUCACUGAGACGGACUCUGAAGGGUGGCUUGACCCCAGAAGAAGCCCAGGCGCUGGGAUUCGACACGUCGGAGAUGCCGGUGUAACGGGACGUCCCGAACUGAACCACACUGACGCCUUCCCAGAACUCACCUCAGGACAACACAACACCCAAGAUCCCACAGUAAACGCAUCUUAUUAACGAAUCACCUGAUCAUAUAUAGAGUGACGUCACAGCUCC